CCAGUGCCCAAUGGCCCGCUAAACCCAGUCUCUCACGGAGAAAAGGAGUAUCGCCACGGCCAACAGUUGCGGUAGCCCUCUGGCUUGGAUAUUUUUCAUUUUUCUGGAUUUCUACAUCACAGAUACAUUUCGGGAUGCCUUCAAAUAAAAAUACCCAAGGAGGGAAAGCCUUUGGACUGUUAAAGGAGCAGCAGAGGCAAAAACUGGAAGAAGUAAACCAGGAAUAUCUGGAAGACCAGAAAUACAGGGAUGAAGAGGACCUGGCAGAAAAAUUGGAAGGCCUCAAAAAUAAAUAUGCUGAGUUUGACCUGAAUGACCAAGGAGAGAUUGACAUGAUGGGUUUGAAGCGAAUGAUGGAGAAGCUUGGCGUGCCCAAGACCCACUUAGAGUUGAAAAAAAUGAUCGUUGAGGUGACGGGUGGCAGCAGCAACACUAUCAACUACAGGGACUUUGUCAAGAUGAUGCUGGGCAAGCGCUCCGCUGUGCUCAAACUAGUCUUGAUCUUUGAGGACAAAGCCAACGGCUCUCCCUGCAAACCGGACGGACCCCCUCCAAAGCGGGACAUUGCUAGCCUGCCUUAAGUUUUGAUGUCAGCCUCCAGACUACUAGCGGAGAAGAGGGACCAGUGGUUGCGUGAAAUUGAGUCGUUCUCUUAACAUGUUGAGUGUUGUAUUAGUGUGGGACCACUGAUUAAAGAUGUUAUUUUGUGAUA